GUCAUUCGGUCAGGCGUUUGUGCUGCACAGAAGCAGGGAGCUGUGAAACCGGGCUAACCGGGGGAUCCGCGCACCGCAGCACAACCCAACGGAGCACCGUGCAGCACCCAGCUUAACCCACAGUGGGAAUACAAGGGUUAAAUGGACCUUCAGUGCCCAAGGCAGGGCUGUGUCACACCUUCCUGCUUCUGCAACCUCUGUCAUGGGGAACACGGCGCACAAAACCCUGCCAGACACAAACCAUCACAGUCGCCCUGUGGCCAGUAGACCUUGCUACACAUUUCUUCACUGUGGCCAGGAGCGGAGACUUGUCCUGUCCCGUACCGAGUCUCCACGAUUUCAUAGCCAAGCCAAGGGUAAAAAUAUCCGACUUGACACCCAUGGGAGAAAAGCCAUACGGCGCAACAGCUUUUGCAAUGGAAUCACUUUUACCAGUCGACCCAUCCAUCUCUACGAAAAAGUACGGCUAAAGCUUGUGUCAGUGCACCAUGGCUGGAGCGGGGCAUUACGUUUUGGAUUCACCAUACAUGACCCAUCACAGAUGAAGGCAGAAGACAUACCCAAAUAUGCAUGCCCAGAUUUAGUUACCCGACCUGGGUAUUGGGCCAAAGCUUUGCCGGAGAGGUUUGCGCAGAGGGACAAUAUCUUAGCAUUUUGGGUAGAUCGACAUGGAAGGGUCUUUUACAGUAUCAACGAUGAGGAACCCAUAUUGUUUCAUUGCGGUGUUAAAGUCUCUAGCCCCCUGUGGGCCCUCAUUGAUGUGUAUGGCAUUACCCAGGAAGUGCAAAUACUAGAUAGCAUGUUUGCUGAGACCAUGCUGCCUGGCCGCCUCACCAGUCCUCGCCUGAGCACAUGCUUACCCCAAACCAGCCAUGAUUCUGCCAACUUCAACAACAAUGAACUGGAGAAUAACCAGGUGGUAGCCAAAAUCGCCAACUUGAACUUGGGUCGCCGGUCAUCUCAGACAGAUAACCACACCAUCCCUUGUUGCCCAAACAGACGGCAGCGUGCACAGGGUAUGCCCACAUUACUAGACAUGGAAAUGCAUUUUCAUACCACUAGAGGCUCAGACAUCACCCUGUCCCCAGACCGAUCAGUGGCAUAUACCAACUGGCAAGAGAGCAACAGGACUAUAGUGUUCACAGAAAGACCAGUGCACAUUGGCGAGACUUUGUUUCUGGAGACAGGCCAAUUGCCACUCCCUUACUACGGCUCCCUGUCUUUUGGCAUAACCUCUUGUGAUCCAGGUACAUUACGGACCUAUGAACUCCCGUCCAACCCCGAGUACCUUUUGGACAGAAAGGAGUAUUGGGUGGUUCAACAGGGUUUGCUUACCCUUAGUUAUGGAGAUAUCCAUAGCUUUUCAUUUCUGCCUAAUGGUGAGAUUCAUCACGGCAUCAAUGGUAACAGCAGGGGGAUGCUAAUGUGUGUGGACUCGUCCCAGCCACUUUGGGUGUUUUUCACCAUCCACGGGAUUGUCAAUCAACUGAGACUUAUGGGCAUCGUACAAUCUAGUGUUCUUUCCCCGUCUGGUUCACCAAGUGGUUCCCAGUAUGACAGUGAUUCAGAUAUGGCCUUCAGUGUAAACCGAUCAUCUUCAGCCUCUGAGUCUUCCCUUGUGACGGCUCCCAGCUCCCCUAUGAGUCCUCCCAUGUCUCCAUUGUUUGUUCCACCGGAACCCCAGGGAAACAAAGAUGGAGAGUGCGCCGUGUGUUUCGACAAUGAAGUGGAAACAGUGAUUUAUACCUGUGGACACAUGUGCCUCUGCAGCAGCUGCGGGAUGAAGCUAAAAAGGCAGGUCAAUGCCUGCUGUCCUAUUUGCCGGAGGGUCAUAAAAGAUGUCAUUAAAACCUACCGUCCUUAAACAUGGAAAUUCGGGUUCACGGGGAUAUUUUUAUGCUGACUUCUACUUAAAGAAAA